AUGCCAGAGACUGAACAAAUACUUAAGAAUCUCGCCGAAACCAAUAAGGAUAUCUUUAAUGAUACUCCAGCCCAAAUUAGAGUCCGUACUAAACUGAUUGAAAAUGAGGUUCGUAUGCUUAAAAGUCAUAUCUCAGCGAUGACGUAUGAUUGUGAAAUGAAGAAAGAACGUGUUCAUGAAAACAUGCAAAAGAUUGAGUUGAAUAAGCAAUUACCCUUUUUGGUAGGAAAUGUAGUUGAAAUUCUUGAUUUAGAAUCGGCUGAACCUCAAUCUGGUGCUAAUGUAGAUGAAACUACUUCUAAACAAGGUUUGUGUGCAGUAGUGAAGACUUCUAAUCGGAUUACGACUUUUUUACCCUUUGUUGGACUAAUUCCGGCCGAAGAGUUACAACCGGGUGAUUUAGUAGCCUUACAUAAGGAGACGAACAUAGUCUUUGAAAAGUUGGAAACGGAUUAUGAUGUUCGGGUUAAGGCUAUGGAGUUAGAUGAGAAACCAAAAGAUUCGUAUGAAGAUAUUGGUGGUUUAGAAAAGCAAAUGGAAGAAUUACAUGAAGGUAUUAUCUUAUCUAUUACUCAUCCGGAGAAGUUCAAAAGACUGAAUAUUAAGCCGCCAAAAGGUGUGCUGAUGUACGGUCCACCGGGAACGGGUAAGACUUUGAUGGCUCGAGCUUGUGCGGCUAAGACUGGAGCGACAUUCUUGAAACUAGCUGGUCCUCAACUCGUGCAGAUGUACAUUGGUGAUGGGGCUAAGUUAGUACGAGAUGCAUUUGCUUUAGCGAUAGCUAAGGCUCCUACUAUCAUUUUUAUUGAUGAAAUAGAUGCGAUUGGGACAAAACGGAGUGAUUCAGAUAGUAUUGGGGAUCGGGAAGUGCAAAGGACUAUGUUGGAGUUACUUAAUCAGUUGGACGGAUUUUCAGAUGCGGCUAAUGUUAAGGUGAUUGCAGCUACUAAUCGGGUUGAUAUUCUUGAUCCGGCUUUGUUACGUUCGGGUCGGUUUGAUCGUAAGAUUGAGUUUCCAUUGCCGAAUAAGGAAGGACGGAAGCGUAUUCUGCAAAUCCAUUCACGGAAGAUGGCGAUGGAUCCAGCCGUGAACCAUGAAGAGUUAGCACGUUCAACAGAAGGAUUUAAUGGGGCGCAGUGUAAGGCCGUUUGUGUGGAAGCUGGUAUGAUAGCUUUACGAGCAGGCCGGGAUGUAAUCACGCAAAAUGAUAUGAUUGAUGGUGUUCAGGAGAUUCUGUCUACUAAAAAGACUAAUCUGCACUACUUCUCAUAA